CUUUACACAGACCCUGCAUACAUAUUAAUAAUUGUAAAUAACAACAGUAAGCAAUAUCAGCAGAGAAAAUUAAAAUAAUGACAAGUAAGUAAAUUAUCAAAAAGAGAAGAGAUUUAUGAGUUUUUGUCAUAAGAGAUGGGAUGUUCACCAAGUUCAAUGCCAGCACAGACUGAGAAGUCACAAAACAAGGCAAAAUCGAAACUCUCAACAUCACAGGCCUCGAAUCAACUGGAGGACAUGGAUCCAUUGGCUGUUGAUGUAAGAAGAAAACCUUUCGAUUCACCACAUUCUACAGAAUCCCUUUCUGCAGAUCUUUUGAAUAUUGCAGAAAAUUUUAAUCAACCAGAAAAGAAAAUUUUGUCAACAUCAAAGGUCAUUUUUACAGAAAAUUCUAAGAUGGAAUUUAACCAAAUGCAAGACAUACAAUAUAGCUGCCUGUGGUCAUCAGCCCAAAGCAAAUGGCCCAUACGUUGCUAUGCUCCAUUGAAGUUCAAUAUCAAUAGCCAUUACGGUGGCUGUUGCUCUCUCGUCUUCAUAUCAAAUGCUUAUGGCUCAGAAGGGUCCAACACCACAGCACAGAUAUUUCUGCUGCGUUCUGGCUUCAAUUGCAAUCAUUUUGCAGUAGUCUCAAUAGUUCAAAGUUAUCAAGGUCAUUUAAUCCCGGCUAAUAGUUUUAUAACUAAUGAGAAUGGAGAACUCGUUGUUGACUGCUUCUCUGGAUCAAAUCAUGUGAUGUUAUUGUCAAACUGGAAAGUCAAUGGACAUUGUGGACAUGGCUUCGUGUUUAAAGGAAGCGAUGAUUGUGAAGAAUAUACUAAUUGCCCACUCAAUGUAAAUGGUUGUUAUGAUAAGAUUCAUGGAGGUGGCUGCAGCCUCAUUAUCUGCAGUGCCCUUCAAGAAAACACAGUUGUCAGUGCAUGUUAUCUCAUCCGCAGUGGGCACAAAGGAAAUAUAUUUCAGAAGUCAUUCAUUAAAGGUGAAGAUCAGUGGGAGUUUUCUGUUAAUUCAAGUGGUCAACUGUUGGUGAAAGGCUGUACACACUCUGUUUAUAGUUUAUAUCAUAACCAAGAAAAUCUUAACAACAACAAUAAUAAGGCAAAAACCAUUUUUGUAUCAAACCAUGAUGGCUCUUUGCAUUCCAAAUUGAUUGAAUUUUCGUACUGUCUCCCUCAUGCAUCCUUAAUUGCACUCUGUUCUCAUUCUUGUGGCCAGCAAGAUGCAACUUCAGCAUCUGUAUAUUUAAUCACAUUGUCCAAAGGAACCACUCGGGUGUUACUUUUGUCUGAGAGUUUUGGAGAGGGUUGCAUUCAUCGCAGUGAAUGGAAAUUUGAAGUGGAUAAAGUCACUAAAUUUCUUCAGGUGUGUGGUCCACCAGGUCCAGCCAGAUUUGCUCUAAUAACAAAUAUCAAAGAAGAAACAUCAAAUUUGACUGAACUCCAAUCAAAAGAUAUUUGUGUUGUUACUGGUGGUAGUGAUGAGGGUUUAUUUAUGGGAUGUGUGGAGAUUGGAGAAGGGAGAAUCAAUGGCAUUCUGAACAGAAGAUGUGUCAUAUAUAUUUCAGUGAAUAGUUCGAUUGUAGCACAGAUACAAACAGAAGAGCUGGUAGCAACUGGCUCCAAUUGGAUCUUUAACAGACAGUGGGCAGAAAAUGAAAUCCUGCUUGGUCUGAAUCUUGUGCAAGUUUUUGCUUAUCUCAUCACUGAUCAAACACAAAAAAUUGAACUUCAGGGCUCACCAUGUCAGUUGAUCAAACAACCAAUUGGAGUGGUUGUUGCCAUUAACUGUGGAGGACCUUCUUACCAAUCACUGGUUGACAAUGUUGUUUAUGUAAGCGAACACUCUCAGUUUGCCAACUACUCUUAUUCCUAUGUAUUCGGAAGCCGAUGGAAAUGUCUUGGAGGUAUCAAAGCAAAUGUUUCAGUCACACAACAAAUCACUGGAACUGAAGAUAACUUUCUGUAUCUUACAUCUCGAAGCCCUGAUGUUGAGGCUGCUGAGGAACAAGAUGUCAUAUAUACAUUUGAUGAUGUUUCUAAUGGCAACUUUAUUCUUCGGUUGCACUGCCUAGUAGUCAAUUGUGGCCGGAUAACUGUCAAUGGAGAAAAUAUUUCACAGAAGGUUCAAUCCCAGUUUCACCAACAGUAUGAGAUAUCUCCUGGAUGUCAUGCUCAUACAGCAGACAUAUAUGUAACAAUAACUGACCACCACUUGAGAAUAUGUUCCAAAGAUACAGCUCUCUGUGCUUUUGUCCUUUUUAACCCCACUCUUCUGAAGAAACACUUGCCAGCCAAACAACAGGUGUUUCUAGACAGUUCGUACUUGGUAGAAUCUUUUAAACCAAUUCAACAUACCUUACUGAAAAAGGAAGUCAAAAUUGUUGGCUGGUCACAGAAUCUACUUCAAAAUGCAAGUGGAGAGCAAAACAGUAUGGUACACUGGAAUGCCUAUGGUGACUGGACAAUAGAUGAAAGUGGUCAUGGCAUGAAAAAGGCUUUCAUUACGUCCCACAUGAGAUGUACCAAACAACAGGAAGUAGACCUCACUGAAUUCUUCUGUGUUGACUAUUUAGAUACAUCACCUGACAUCCAGGUCUCUGAGUGGUACCGAGAGGGAGUGUGUGGUGGAGGAUUCUAUUCCAUGACGGCUUCUUUAAUGGAUGAAAAUGGAACGAUCAUGAAACAAUUCACAACUGGAGAAAUUGGAAAAAUUUACAAAAACAAUGAGUGGCAGGAAGUAAGCGUCACAUUUUCAAACUAUGGCCCUGGGGUUCGAGGUGUUGCAAUUGAAUCAUAUGGCAAAGAUGAUAAAUACUGGGAUGGUCACUAUGGCACACUUAUGUCUGCUGCUAUGGUCAGAGUGAAACGCGAGUCUCGUCCAGCUGACAAUGAUGUCUACGACGAUAUAAACCUGAGCUCCUGGUUGACUGAUGGUCAGUUUCAGAUAUCAGAACUAGACAAAAUACUGGCUAAACUGUUGAAGGACAAUAAUAAGUUGAUGGUAGAUAACUUUGUCAAGGAUAUAUGUAGAGAAACAGAAGAGGAAGAAAAUAGAAAUAUCAAAUGGAAAGCAAAGAAACAAAAGUUGAAAUUCCAUGAGGUGAAGAAACAAAGAGAGGUUCGGCUGUAUGUGUCAAGUACUUUCAAAGAUGUCACAAAGGAAAGAGAAGAAUUAAUCAAAAAAACAUUUCAAGAGCUCAACCAAGAAUGUAUGGAUCGAAGAAUUUUUUUCUCUUAUGUUGAUCUAAGAUGGGGAAUAAGCCAAGAACAGAAUCAGCAUGAAAAAACUAUUGCAAAUUGUCUUCAAGAAAUUGAGAGAUGUCGCCCUUACUUCAUUUCUUUAAUGGGAGAAAAAUUUGGUUGGAGCCAGAGAGAAGACAAACCUGAUAUUGUCCUUAAUGAGAGUUUUAAUUAUGCCAUUGAACAUAUCAGUGAUUUAAAAUGGUUGGAAGAGUGUCGUUAUGGAGUCAGUGUAACACAGCUUGAAAUUCAGCAUGCUGUUCUGAAUGAUGUGAUUCAUUCCAAGGAACAGAGUUUCUUCUAUCUAAGGGACCUACCAGAUACUCACCAAAUCGACAAUGAAGAAUACAAAGUGUACCUGCCAGAGUCAGAGUGGCACAAGGAAAGACAACAAUCAUUGAAGAACUUGAUUUUGUCAAACAAGGAUUUAAACAGUAAGAAAUACAAAACAACAAGUGAAGUCUGUGAAUUUGUGAAAAAGGACAUUAUUAAAUGUUUGGAGAAAGAUUUCCCUCAAGGCAGUGAACUGUCAGAGCUAGAAGAAAGAUGGCAAGCUCACCAGGCAUUUGCAGAUGUCAGACGACAUGUCUAUAUUGGAGGGGAUACAUAUUUCCAGCAGAUUGAUGAUUUUAUGGAAACUUCACAAAACCCUAUUGUCAUUCUUGGGGAGUCUGGUUGUGGUAAAUCAUCUCUGCUAGCAAACUGGUGCUUCAGACUUGAACAGAAGGAACCUGAUACAUUCCUCUUUUUACAUUUCAUUGGAAGUUCACCUGAAAGUUGUUCAAGCCUGAAAAUGUUACACAGAUUAUAUGAAGAGUUGAAAGCUUCUUUUGGACUAGAAGUUGAGAUUCCAUUUUCUGAUGCAACAAUUCUUCAAAAUUUAACAAAAUGGUUGAAACUAGUUGGAACAAGAAGAAAAUGUGUGUUGGUCUUUGAUGCUUUGAAUCACCUUGAUAGUGCUUUGGGACGUGGAAACACAAGCACACAAGUUGAUCUUUCGUGGAUACCUCUGUUAAAUUCAUCUAAGAAUGUAAACAUCUUGUUGUCAACUCUUCCAGGAAAAGUUUGUAAAAACAUCAAAGACUUUGGUUGGCCUUGCAUUCAAAUUGAACCCUUGACCCUUAAACAGAAGAGCGAAAUUAUUGACAUAUACUUUCAGAAAACAUAUGGCAAGACAUUAAGCAGCGAACAAAGAGAGCUGAUAGUGGCCAUACCACAGAGUGACAAUCCACUUUUUCUGCGAGCUCUCUUGGAUGAAAUUCGAAUCCAGGGUGACUUCUCUACUCUGACUACCCUGACCACCACCAUGCACAAGUAUGUGAUUGCUAGCUGCCCACGGGAUUUAUUUUGCAUGAUUUUGGCCCGUCUUGAGAAAGAUUUCAAUGAUGAAUUUGGAGACAC